AUGUCGCCGUCGCCCCAGCUCGCUCCGCCUGGGAGCAGUACCUACAACUCGGACACAAUGCAUGUUGGCGAUGGGACCUGGGAUGCAGGUAGAGACAACUUCCUUUUGCCUCCCUUGGUUGGGUUGAACUUUGCGACAAUGAGAUACAAUGGAAUGGGAAACAGAUUCUUCACCUUGGCCGGCUACCACGGCCUAGUCGAAGCGCACGGUAUCAUCGCAGCCGUCACAUUCCUGGGGAUCGUCCCACUCGCCAUCUUCCUCAUGCGCUUCUACGGUCGAAAUCCCCGGCUCGCGCUGCGACUGCACAUUUGGCUUCAGAUCCUGACACUACUUUUGAGUACGGUUAUCAUCAUUCUGGGCUUUCAGGCCGUGGGCCCGAAUAGAAGCCUCACGAAUCCCCAUCAUGGCAUCGGAGUCGCAAUCUACGUCCUGGUAUGGGUACAAAUUAUCGGAGGUUGCAUGCUGCACAGAAAAGAAAAGGGAAGACGGCGGCUGCACAUCCCUCUUACCGCAAUGCUACAUCACUGGCUGGGUCGAGCUAUUGCUUUGCUCGGCAUCACUCAGGUCGCGCUAGGGCUGACGCUCUAUGGGUCGCCGCAGUUCCUUUUUGUGCUCUACGCUCUUUGGGGCUUUUUCUUGCUAGUACUAUAUUUCAUCCUGCAAUGGCUGUCAGAAAGACGAAGAGCUCGGUAUGGCAAUGAUGGCGGCAGCUACUACAGCGACGAGGUCGUGGAGGAAAGAGCUGGCCAUGGCCACACAGGCGUUGGAAAGUUGGCCGCUGCCGGAGCAGCAGGCGCAGGUCUAGCAGCGUUAUGGAGGAGAAGGUCGUCGAGGAGAAACCCCUCGCCUGGAAGGCUACAGGCCGACGGAGCAGGAACCGAAUUGACCGGGAGUGGCUCAUCCUACAUGGACGAAAAGAUGUCCGACCGAUCCCACCAUGGCAUCGGACAUCGCUUACUACAGGUCGCAGCGAUAGGCGGAGCAGUCGCUGCGGUGAAGAAAAUCUUUGAUCGGAGUGGCCGCGACGACGAUUCCGAUGUUGGCCCGUACAGACCACCGCUCGGUGGGAACCAGUCAGUCACAACGGAUUCCAUGUCGCGGAUCGAGGAAGGGCGGCCACCUCCAGUUCGUCCUGUCACGCCAGGAGCGGGAGGAAGCCCAGGCUAUGGCAGACCAACACAUCCUCUUGCUCAACCGCCGAUGACGCCGGGCUCGGCCUACCGGAGACAUUCAGAAUCGGCGUCGUCAUAUGACUCUUUUGUGUCUGGAUCACCUUCUCGUCGGGAUAGGAGGUCGCAUACCUUCAGAGACGCCGUGGCGGCCGGAGGGGCAGUUUUUGCAGUUCGACAACUCUUUAAGAAUCGCAGACAGCGAAAAGAGGAGCUUCGUGCAGAACAGUUGAGGAGAGAGCGAAUAGAACAGGAGAAGGUCGCCCGGAUGAACUCCCGGCACAGAUACACAGGUGACGGGGUCACCCCACCGAGACGAGCCCGUCAUGGCCGAAUGGGGAGUCAAACGGCAUCAGACCUGUCAAGUGAUCUGAGUCCGCCUGGACCUGGGAUGAGUGGAGCAAUACCCACGGCGGCUGGUGCAGGAGUGGGCGCCGCCGCAGCAAGCGCCCUUGCCAGCAGACAUCAGAUUCGACCAGUGGGACAAGAUCCUCCUAUUGUACAGCCAGGUCAUCCCUAUGCCGCUGCUCCAGUCCCUGGAGCUCCGCCUGUCCCAGGCACCAUGCCGGUGUCUGAAGGCGUGCCUCCCAUUUCACCCCCUCACCUCGAAUCUUCGGGCAGCGAGCUCUACACGACCGGCUCUGGCCGCCAGAGACACAGACAUCAUAUCCGGGAUGAAGCAGCAGCUGGCCUUGCAGGAGCAGGACUCGGUGCGGCAGCCGCAGACGGCAGCCGCCGGCGACGUCACAGUAGCCGCAAUAACAAUACCGACAGCAUGGAGUCGCCUCCCGUUAGCGUGAAGAUCAACAUGCACAAUGAGGGCGGGCGGGUGACAUUACGGCGCUUGACCGAAGAAGAAGCCGCCUCACAGCGGCGGAAACAACGGCAAGCAUCCGCCGCAGCAAGGAGACAAAGAAGAGGCUCGAGCAUCAGUGCAAGUGACAGUGAAGCUGGACCCAGUGGCGCGGAUCGACGGUGGAGACGUACGGAAGCACUGGAGGCCGAGCAGGCUGCCCAGAACGAAGCUGCUGCUCAACAACAUGCGGCCGCACAGUAUGGAACAGUAUCGGCAGCUCAAGCGCCCGUUCCGCCGCCAGCUGUGCCCUAUCCAACGGCGCCUGGGCCGACCAAUAUACAGCAUACGUACCAAGGCCCCCUCCCGCCUCCGCCGCCUAUACCCGGCAGUGCCAGCAACCUGGGAUACCCGGCAGGGAGUGGAGUCACCUCACCCGGGACCGAGACAAGUGGAGCGACAGAGUACGCCAACAAUCGAAGGAGGCGACGAGCAGAGCGGGCGCAGGCGAGGCUUGCAAAGGAAGGCAGGACAGGGGCCUCGGUGGAAUUUACAUGA